AUGUCGAAAGAAAAUAAUAAUCUGCGGCUUCUUGGUUCACCAGUAAAUUUAACUUACAGAAGUAAAAAGAAGGAAGAUAGAAAGAAUACAAAAAAUCGCCCGCGAUCCGCUCUUCAAAAUUCCUGCUCGCCGGAUAUACAUGAAAGAUAUAAGCGGCCCUUCUCCGCAGAUACUAAGGACCACACACCAUCAACAAGAUCUUUCUUAAAAACAUUCAGUGCUGAGUUGCUUCAAUCUUAUGAUAAUUCUCCGCUAAGUGUGAAAGUGCUACCACCGACUGAAGAAUUAUUGGCACAUUCUAAGAGUAGAAUAAAUCCAACUAUCAAAACAAAUAGAGAUAUAAGCAGUAAUGCUUCGGACUUCGGUUCAGAAGAUACUUUUAUGAGCUUAGGUACCAAAAUCAAAGCCAAGGCACAAUCCUGCUUUAAAAAUAAAAACAAUAAUACAAAGAAUUUUAUUAAAUACAGAAAUAUUGCCAAAAAAGGUCGUAAGACCAUUGAACGCGCUUCGAAUGAUGAAAGGAAUCACGUUGGACAUAAUUACGGCUUGGAAGUUACGAUAACAGAAAAAUCUAGAUCACCGUCACCAUCUCGAUACAGAGAUUUGUCUCAAGUUAGAAGUUCUUCGCCUCAAUUUAAAAAUAAAAACUUUGAAUCAUAUUUUCUUUCCAAUGAUGGUGACAUUAAGAGCGGAGAUGGAUUAUCGGGUCGAGUAUCAUUUGCGCCUGUUAGUUCCGAAACUGAUAAAUAUUUAGAUACAUACACACAUCGCCUCGGCAUAACCAAACAACAGCUGUCCUUAGUCGAAGAGGAGUCAACACAAGAUGUCGACAGUAUUCCGUCUCAAAAUAUUAUUAACUUCUCACCGAAAUCCACUUUUGAUGAUAAUGAUAAAGUUACGGUUGAAGAUGUAAAUGUUUCACACGUUAAAAAUAAUUUUUAUAACUACUCGAGACCCCCUGACACAUUAAUGACCGAUAGUCAAAAUUAUAGCAAUUUUUUUGACGAUUUUCAUAAUAGUAAUCGAGAAACUUACAAAAGUAAAUUUUCCAGUACUGCCAUCCACACUGAUACAAGUUCAAAAGAUUCAGGCUACCCUGAUAGUGGUUUGAGAGAGGAAAAAGUGCUAUCUCCGAAACAUUCUUUGCCAUCAACGUCCUUCAGGAAACGAUCUGAUUUUACAUUAGACACUCAAGUUCGUCCAAAGAGUUUAGACUACCCAAUAACUAAAGAAGGGUAUUGUGAUUACGAAUCAGAAAACAAAUGUGAAGAGCCUUUAAAUCAUAGCCGCUUACUUUAUAAAGAUUUCUUUUUAAAAAAAGAAGGUCAUCUCGCUCUGCCCCCGCAAAACUCACCUACUAAAUGUGACGUCCCUGUUCCUGGUACUGGCGAAAUUGAUAUUGAAAAAACUGAUAAAGAAAGUGAUUUAGUAUAUCCAAAAUAUCUCCUUAAUAGCACAACUAAAGCAUAUACUUCAAAGGUCAUCGAGGAUUAUAAAAAAGAAUUAGAAGCUAUAAACAAUCUACACGAACUAACAUUGAAAGAUAUAAAAACAGACGCGAUAUCUCCAACUCCAUUGAAUAUUGAUGAAUUGUUCGAACAAAAUUCGAAUAAUCUUUCCGACGACAAAAAGGAUUCAAGUGAUAAUUCACAGGAAAGUUCUCAUAUAAGCGACAUUCCUUCUUCCGGUGAUAAGAAUUCUUUAGAAACGAAUAAAAAAGAUAUAUCCAAAGUCACAACAAAAGAAUUAAUACAAAAUUAUUUAAAAGUAAAGAACGAUUAUACGAAAGAAGGCUUCUCUAAAAACUUUAAAAAGUUUGACAAGAAAUUAAACAAUAUUAAUUCCAAAUGUGAAGAAAAUUCAAGUUAUAAACAGUUUUGGAAUAAUAGAAAUUCGAAAAUUAACGAUAAAAGUAAUUUACCUGUCAAUAUGCGACAUCAAAAGAAUGUAUUUACAGCGCGAGUUCCUCUGAGUGCUAGAAUAGAUAGCGUUCAAACAGAUAAAGAUAUAGAAUCUUGGAUGUCUCUUUCUGCUCCGUCACCGAGAUCACUUGAAAUCAGUGGUUUAAAAGAAGAACAAGUUGAAACGCCAGUCGAAUCAAAACCCAAAACUCCUGAAAAGAAGGUAGAAACUGGAGUAGAAAAGUCAAGUUACGUUGCGAAUGUUCCAGAAAAUGAGACGCCAAAAGAAUUAAAUGCAAAGUCAACGGUUCUAGACAUUUAUUCAAUGUUAAAAGAAAUUGAAAGCUACGGAGACAACCCCGUCACGUCCGUAACGAAUACAAAUAUUAUACCUGAACCAGAAAAGAAGAUAGAAGAAAGGUGUAACACACCUAAAGACAAUUUUAUGGAAAUAUUCGAAUUUUUGGAAAAGGUCGAGCAAAGCGCUAACGACGCAUUAUCUGUCGUGACAAAUACAACGCCACAAACAAUUCCAAAAUUAGAAGUUCUCCUGAAACUGCCCCAAACGGAGUUAGCUCAACGACUCGUGACUGCGUCCUUACAGUUGGAAGAAAGGUCGUGUUGCAUCGCGUUAUUACAAGAGAGUCUUGCUAAUCACAAAGAACAGAUGAUAUCAAAAGUGAACAACUUAGAGAAGCAGUCUCACCGUAACAUCGCCAAAGUAAAGCAGGAGUGCGAGGAAACUAUCAAGAGGCACCAGAGUUUUAUUGAUCAGCUUAUAAAUGAUAAGAAGACUCUAAAUCAUCGCAUCGAGCAGUUAGUGGAUGAGCGCCGUUCCCUGGAGGAGAGGUGGAAGCGAUCUGCGCAGGCGCUCGAGGAGCGGUACAAGCUGGAGCUUCGUAACCAACACGACAAGAUGGCCGCCGCUCAGCAGGUAGCAAGACAGCGCUGGGUCCGACAGAAAGCUGAGAAAAUUAAGGAAUUAACGGUAAAGGGUCUGGAAGGAGAACUACGGGAGAUGGCGGAGCGGCAACAGAAGGAGAUAUCCGAUAUAAAAAUGCACCACGCAGAACAAAGUGGACGACUUACGGCCAAGCACGCCGCGGAGCUGGAGGACUUGAGGAGAACUCUGGAAGAGGAGAAGGAAGUGGCUCUGGCGAAGGAGAGACAAUUAGCAAGUACCAGGAUGGAGAAACAAAUCCUGGAACUGGAAGUGAGUUACCAGGAGCAGCGGACUCGGCUCAUCGCUGAAAUGCGCGCUGAGAACGAACGAAUCGCUGCUGAACUCGUCGAGAAAGAAAAGGAGCAGAAACUACAUUUUGAAAAAUGGAAAGAGGAACAAGAGAAGUUGUUGGCAGAAAUGAAAACGAAAUUGGAAAAGGAUAUAGAUGAUGAGAGAAAUAAAAUCGAGGAACGCUUGAAACAAAAACGUGAUGAACUACAAGAGGAGUUCGAGCAUUACAAGAAGGAGUACGAAGCGAACCAGCAGGCGUUGUUAAAGAAGAAAGAGACGGACAUAGCGACACAGCACAGGUUGGAGCGGGACAGGGAGAUAGAGAAAGCGAUUGAGAGCAUGGAGGCCGAAGCCCAAGCGGGGAGGAAAGAACUACAAGACGCGUUAAGACGUAAUAAAGAACAGUACGAAGCGGAACUGCAGGAGCUGGCUGAGACGGAGCGAGCCACCCUCAAGCGAUAUCAGCAGACGCAGGCGAGAGUGAGAGAGACGGAAGACCGGUGCGCAGAACUCGAAGUUACAAUCAGUCAACUCGAGACGAGAAACAGAGUUUUGACUGAGAAAAAUUCACAAUUAGAAGCGAGAGCAGAGGAAAUAAGAGCUAGCUGUGAGUCGUCCUGGAGGAGUAAAGUAGAAAAUUUGGAGAAGGUAAUAGAAGAUAUGAAGAAGACUCACGAGGAACAGAUGCACCAGCUGUAUGCCAAAGUGAAGGUAGCAGUCGCUAGGAAAGACUCGGCCAUACAGGCGUUGACGAGGGAGACGGCCAAGUACCAGGAGAAGAUAACUCUGCUGGAACAGAAGCUACAGCAGCAGAGGAAGGACUUCCUGAAGUCGAAAUAGUUUUAUAUAUUUUGGUAAUUAAAAUUACUUAUUAUUUAUUUUCCUUUUUACGUUCUAUGUCAUAUAUGUCGACAGUUAAUAUUUGUAAAUUGAUAAUGAACUCUCAAAUUCGAAGAUUUGCUUUUGACGACCGAUCGAUUGAUUUCAGUAUCUUUGUCGCCUACAAAGAUACUGAACGUACAAGAUAUAUAUUUUGGCCAGUCUGCUACUGGCCUGACAAAACUUAAGCCUAAUUAUAUUUUAAUAGAAUUGUUUAUUAAUUAUUCAUAAUUUACUCAAUCACAGUCCGCUGCUGGACAUUUGCCUUUGGGAGAGCCCAAGGUGCGUCACAGAUGUCCCUCACUUUUCCGACUCCUCAUAGUUUAGUGUAACGUGUUCAUAUUACAAUCUCACUAAUGAGUUAAUGACGUUUGUGUUAAAAUUAUUUGUUGAUUGCAAUCUGUCCAAUUGUUAUUUAUUACAGCCUUACUUAUAAACAUAGGAUUGUUGUUUUCCGGUUUGAAGGGUGAGUGAGCCAUACCAUCUUAGUUCCAAAGUAUGGUGGUGCAUUGGUUAUGAAACUCUAUAUCUAUUGGUGGCGGUGUCCACUUAAUAUCACGUGGCCCACUUGCUAGUGUGCCUAGCUAAUACAUUAAUGGUAAACUUUGCUUACGUACUGAUUAGUUAAACAAUGAUCUCUCCCUUUCUGUCACUAUUGAUUUGACACACGAAAGAAGAAGACGGCAUUGUUUAACCAAUAACCCGCUGAAAAACUUUCAUACAUACUUGUGUUUUAUUUAUAAGAUACUGGA